GACACCUCGCUGGACAUCAUGUAUGGAUUCAUCAACACCUGUCUGCAGUCUCUCGUGACAGAGAAAUUCGGUGAAGAGAUGUGGGAAAAACUGAGGGCUUCUGCAGAAGUGCAAGAUGCCUUCAUGACCUACACCGUGUAUGAUGACGUCAUCACCAUUAAGCUCAUCCAAGAAGCCUGCAAGGUUCUGGACGUAUCCAUGGAAGCCAUUCUGAAGCUCUUUGGCGAAUACUUCUUCAAGUUCUGUAAGAUGUCUGGCUACGACAGGAUGCUGCGGACCCUGGGAGGGAGUCUCACAGAGUUUAUUGAAAACCUAGAUGCCCUCCACAGUUACCUGGCACUGUCCUACCAGGAAAUGAACGCACCGUCCUUUCGAGUUGAGGGAGGAGCUGACGGGGCAAUGCUUCUCCAUUACUACUCAGACAGAAGUGGCCUCUGCCACAUUGUACCAGGCAUCAUCGAAGCUGUGGCCAAGGACUUCUUUGACACUGAUGUGACCAUGAGCAUCCUUGACAUGAACGAAGAGGUGGAGAGGACAGGGAAGAAGGAGCAUGUCGUGUUUCUGGUUGUACAGAAGGCUCGCAGACAGACGAAAAGGGCAGAGGCCAACAGGCCGCACAACAGUGAGGACAUCCACACAGACCAAGAGGCUCUCAAGACAACGGUCUGUACGAUGAAGGAGAAAUAUUUGAGCAUCUCUGUUGGCCCUGAGGAGAAAUCUCACAGGGAUGCGAAGGCAUCAGUCGUGUUUGGAAAAGGGCCCUUCAGGGAUGCCUUCCAGCCUGUCUAUCCGGAGAGACUGUGGAUCGAAGGGGAGGUGUUCUGCAAUGCUUUUCCUUUCCACCUUGUUUUUGAUGAAGCACUAAGGGUCAAGCAAGCUGGAGUGAAUAUUCAGAAGUACAUCCCUGGACUCCUAACCCAGAAGUUUGGAAUAGAUGAAUAUUUCUCCCUCAUCCACCCUCAAGUUACCUUCAGCAUCUCCAGCAUCUGCAAGUUCAUUAACAGCCAAUUUGUCCUGAAGGCACGAAGAGAAAUGAUGCCCAGAGCAUGGAAGAGCCAGCCAACACUCAAACUCCGGGGCCAGAUGAUCUGGAUGGACUCUCUGGAGUGCAUGAUCUUCAUGUGUUCUCCAAAGCUCUGCAGCCUGCAAGAGCUCGAAGAGAGCAAGAUGCAUCUUUCUGACAUCGCCCCCCAUGAUACCACCAGGGAUCUCAUCCUCCUCAACCAGCAAAGGCUGGCAGAGAUGGAGCUGUCCCGCCAGCUGGAGGAGAAGAAGGAGGAGUUGCGUAUCCUCUCCAAGCACUUGGCCAUCGAGAAGAAGAAGACGGAGACCUUGCUGUAUGCCAUGCUGCCUGAACACGUGGCCAACCAGCUCAAGGAGGGCAAAAAGGUGGCAGCUGGAGAAUUUGAAACGUGUACAAUCCUUUUCAGUGAUGUGGUGACAUUUACCAACAUCUGUGCAGUCUGUGAACCUAUCCAAAUAGUGAAUAUGCUGAACUCAAUGUACUCCAAGUUUGACAGGCUAACCAGUGUUCACGAGGUCUACAAAGUGGAAACAAUAGGUGAUGCCUACAUGGUGGUGGGUGGCGUACCAGUACCUGUUGAGAGCCAUGCUCAGAAAGUUGCUAAUUUUGCUUUGGGCAUGCGAAUUUCUGCAGAGGAAGUGAUGAAUCCUGUCACUGGAGAACCCAUCCAGAUCAGAGUGGGAAUCCAUACUGGACCAGUCUUGGCAGGUGUCGUGGGAGACAAGAUGCCCCGGUACUGCUUGUUCGGUGAUACUGUAAAUACAGCCUCGAGGAUGGAAAGUCACGGGCUUCCCAACAAAGUGCAUCUGAGCCCCACAGCCUACAGAGCCCUGGAAAACAAAGGGUUUGACAUUGUCAAGAGAGGAGAGAUUGAAGUGAAAGGGAAAGGAAAAAUGACCACAUACUUUCUGAUCCAGAACCUGAAUGCCACCGAGGAUGAAAUCAUGGGGCGAACUACAGCUCUCACCCAUCCGAAGGGUAAAAACUCUCUUCUCUCCAGGAACAGAGUGACCAGGCCAGAGGACUGGGUGAGCCACAGGGAGCUGCACCAUCAAAAGGCCUACCACAGCCCGAGUGCUGAUGCUUCUGAUGAAGCCACACCUGCUGGGAGCCCUGUGGCAGGGCAAGACUCCACGGAUGCAGCCGACGGCCAGCCAUCACCAGAUCAGACCAAGACAAGUUUCCUGGCUAGUGGCUCGGUGCCGUCUGCCCUCUGUGUUGUAUUGUAACCAAGAGAAAAAGCGAACCUACGGGAUUCAUUCCUUUUAAUCAAUGGCAGCAAAGAAAAUUAAAAUGUUUUCAGUUGUGUA